UAACAAAUAAUAUUUAUAAUUUUAUACCUGAUUCCUGAGGUGAGGUGAGCAGUUGAGACUUGAGAGAGGCUGAGGCGGAGAGCAGAGAAUCAGAGAGAGGCUGAGGACAGACUGAACAGUGGAGACUGGAGACUAGAGAGAGGCGGAGAGCAGAGACUAGAGAGAAAGAGAUAUAGGCUUGUGAUAAUUAGUGUGUGUGUGUGUGUGUGAGAUUGGUAUGGCUAGGAAGUACAGUAGUGAGUCGAGUGGGCGAGACGAGAGCGAAUCAUCUGAUUAUGAGAGAAGAAAUAGAAGUAAACGAGAUAGGGAAUCAGAUAGAAGAAGUGGAAAACGGAAUGAGAGACGCGAUGAGCGUGUUGAUGAUGAUGGUGAUGAUAAGGAUAGGGAAAGAGUGAAUGAGAGGGAUGUUAGGGAUAGAGAUGGGAGGAGUGGACAGCGUAUUGAACGUGUAGAGAGGAAGGAGAGUUCGGAGGAAGAAGAUGGUGAGUUGGUAGAGAGGGAUGUGGGGAGGCGAGAAGGAGAGAGAAGUCGUAGAUAUGAUGAAGAUGAUAGGCGAGAAAGGGAGAGAAGUCGUAGAUAUGAUGAAGAUGAUAGGCGAGAAAGGGAGAGGGCCCGUCGGUAUGAGAGUGAGCAUAGACGGAGGGAGAGUGAGGAUGGUGGUAGAAGAAGGGAUCGACGUGAGCGGCAUGAUUCAGAGGAGAAUGGUGAUGAGAGGGAAGGGCGUAGAAAAUCAGAGCGACGAAAUGAUAGGACUGAUGAUUAUAAGCAUAGGAGGCAUAGAAGGGAGGAUGGUGAUAGAGAUGAUAAGUAUAGGAGAGAUAAGGAGGAGGUGAAUGAACGAGAAAAGGGUAAUUGGGGUUUUAGGGAGAGAGAGGAUAGAGAUGACAAGGGGUUUGAAGAUUCAAAACCUCAGAGACAGCCGAGAGUGCAAGAAGUUGAUUUAAAUGCUGAUAAUUCGAAGUUGGGCAAGAGUGGAGGAGUUUACAUUCCUCCGUUUAAGUUGGCUCGGAUGAUGAAAGAGGUUCAAGAUAAAAGCAGUGUUGAAUAUCAGCGGCUGACAUGGGAUGCCCUUCGGAAGAGUAUAAAUGGGCUUGUGAACAAGGUUAAUGCUGCCAAUGUAAAGAAUAUUAUUCCAGAACUCUUCUCGGAGAAUUUGAUACGGGGAAGAGGGCUAUUUUGCCGGUCCUGUAUGAAAUCUCAGAUGGCAUCCCCAGGUUUUACAGAUGUGUUUGCAGCACUGGUUGCUGUAGUCAACACUAAGUUUCCUGAGGUGGGCGAGCUUCUUUUGAGAAGGAUUGUUUUGCAGCUUAAGAGAGCAUAUAAACGGAACGACAAGCCUCAAUUACUAGCUGCUGUUAAGUUUAUUGCACAUUUAGUGAACCAACUAGUGGCUCAUGAGAUCAUAGCCUUGGAGCUGCUUACUGUGCUGCUUGAGAAUCCAACCGAUUCAAGUGUUGAGGUUGCUGUUGGCUUUGUCACAGAGUGUGGAUCACUUUUGCAAGAUCUCUCACCUAAAGGCUUGCAUGGAAUAUUUGAGCGUUUCCGUGGGAUUCUUCAUGAAGGUGAAAUAGACAAAAGGGUUCAAUUUCUGAUAGAAGGGCUAUUUGCGAUAAGAAAAGCCAAGUUUCAGGGGUACCCAGCUGUUCGUCCAGAUCUGGACCUUGUAGAGCAGGAAGAUCAGAUAACCCAUGAGAUCUCUCUCCAAGAGGAAAUAGAUCCAGAGAUUACCCUUGAUAUAUUCAAGCCAGAUCCUAAUUUCCUUGAGAAUGAGAAGCGUUAUGAGGAGUUGAAGAAAACCAUUUUGGGUGAUGAGUCUGAGGAUGAAGAAGGUUCAGAUGCAGCUUCAGAUGAUGAUGAGGAUGAUGAUGAGGAUGAGGAUGAUGAUGAGGAAGAGGAUGAGGAGCAGAUGAAAAUAAGGGAUGAAACAGAGACAAAUCUUGUAAAUCUUCGGAGGACAAUCUAUCUAACAAUUAUGUCCAGUGUAGAUUUUGAGGAGGCAGGUCAUAAGCUCCUGAAAAUUAAACUAGAGCCAGGUCAAGAGAUGGAGUUGAACAUUAUGCUCUUGGAAUGCUGUAGUCAGGAGAGAACUUACCUCCGGUAUUAUGGUCUUUUGGGGCAGCGAUUCUGCAUGAUCAACAAAGUUUAUCAGGAAAAUUUUGACAAAUGCUUUGUCCAACAAUAUUCCAUGAUUCACCGGCUUGAAACAAAUAAGUUGCGUAAUGUGGCGAAGUUUUUUGCGCAUUUACUCGGCACAGAUGCUUUGCCUUGGCAUGUUUUAGCCUAUAUUCGCCUAACAGAGGAGGACACCACUUCUUCUUCUCGUAUAUUUAUUAAGAUUCUAUUCCAGGAAUUGUCAGAGCAUCUGGGCAUCCGUCUGCUGAAUGAGCGUCUUAACGAUCCCACAAUGCAGGAUUCCUUUGAAUCUAUCUUCCCAAGGGAUAAUCCCAAGAACACACGGUUUUCAAUUAAUUUCUUCACAUCCAUUGGACUUGGUGGCAUCACUGAAAACCUACGUGAAUACUUGAAGAAUAUGCCACGCCUUAUUAUGCAACAAGAGCAAGAAGCGUCAGAAUCUGAAUCAGACGACGAAUCUGAUAGCUCUGGUAGUUCCGUUACAGGGUCAGCUAGUUCAGAAUCAGAUCCAUCAAGUUCAGAUGAGAGUGAAAGGGAUGACAGACACAGGAAGCGGAGGAGGAGAGACUAAGGGAAUGUUAUGAUGUGCAAUAGAUAUUAGGGUUUGAUGUUUGCCAUUUGUAGUAUUUCGAAUCAACUUGUUUUCACAUUCUGUAAAAUUUUGGAUCGAUAUGAAUUUAGCAUAUACUAAUUUUGUCUUUUCUCUCUCUCGAGUGGGGGAAGGGGCUUAAUUUCAGGAACAAUGCAACUCUAGAGGCUUAUCAUUCUACUACUGUUAGUUUUGUGUAUGGAAGUUUAUUUUAUCCACUUCUCUGGGAGUUUGUAUAACUUUUGAGCUUAAAUGCGUCAAACAUUUUUCAUAGUCAAUUUACAAUACAGUUUGAGAAAAUAAUCAAAUUUGUGCA